GUCAGACGCGAAUACAGCGGCGGACAAGCGACUGGAAAUGUUGCUUAGCAAUAUACGUUGAUUUUCAACACGUAUAGGCAGGCUGCGAGUUAUUAAAGCUUUUACGGGAAUAUGAAGUGCUGACUGAAAUGCAAAGAAAGACAGCCAUGGUGAGGGGUUAACGUCUGAUUUGUGCGUCAUUCUUUGUGUUGUUUUAUCGUUAAAGACGGAUGAAAAAGAAGCUAUAAUGGGUGACAGGACUCUACCUAAUUGGAUGAACAAACCUCAGGAAGAACAUACACAAGGACCCUAUAAAAAGAGCAUUCUGGAGGAUGACCUUCCUUAUCUGGAAUUUGGUGGAACAGUCAUAUACAGCCAGGAAAGACAUGACUGCUCAUUUUUAUCAGAAGAUUUGAGAUCUAAUUUGGUGUCAGGUUCAGUGGUUGGGUUUGAUCUUGAAUGGCCACCCAGCUUCACCAAAGGAAAGACAAAGAAAGUGGCUGUAGUGCAGUUCUGUUCAUCAGAGGAGAAAUGCUAUCUAUUUCACAUUUCCUCCAUGUCAGGGUUUCCUACUGGCCUGAAAAUGCUUUUGGAGGACGAAAAUAUCAAAAAAGUUGGUGUGGGAAUUGAGGGUGACAAGUGGAAGUUGCUAUCUGAUUAUGACAUCAAGUUGAAGAAUAUUGUUGAGCUCUCUGAUCUGGCAAACAAGACGCUGAGAUGUUGUGAGAAGUGGAGUUUGGAUGGUCUAGUGAAGCACCUGUUGAAGAAGCAGCUCUUCAAAGAGAAACUUGUGCGCUGCAGUUCCUGGGAUGACUAUGGUCUGACAGAAAAUCAGAAGAAGUAUGCUGCCACAGAUGCUUACGCUGGAUUGCUCAUUUAUCGGAAUCUACAGGAAAUUAUGUCCGACUGCUCAGAAACCCCAGCGCUCGCUUUGAAACAGAGAGUUUUUCAGAUUGCUUGUGAUCUUAAUAAUCUCGCUGAUAAUCUUCCAGAUGAGCUUGACUGCAUGACCAGUGCUGUGAGACUAGUGGAUGAUCUGUCUCAAACCGUUGCAUCUCUAAGAUGUGUUUUGUCAAAAAACAGCAAAACGUUUGAAGCUAAGCCUAAGCCACAUAACCAAGACCAGAGCCAUAGUCAGUCUGAGGAAGACAUCAACAGGCACACUGAGAGAGAGUGUGUGACGUCUCCGGAUAUCUCUGAGUAUGAGCUGCAGAUGCUAGAGCAGCAGACCAGACAGGAGCUGCUGGAGGAAGAAUGUAUCUUAGCUUUCCAGACUCAGCAGGCAUCAUGCCCAAAGAACUCUAAUGACAUGGAGAGUGAUGAAGAUUUUGAUGAUGAAAUGAUGAAGUGUGCUGCUGACAUAGAACGAAUAAAUUGUGAACGUGGUCAUAAGAAACAGGAACUUGUCUCACGGUCUGGUACUGAAGAUGAUGAUGAAGAUGUUGAGGAAGACAAAGAAGAGGGGUUUGAUUCAAGCAUCUCACAACCUGUUCCUGAACAAAUUAAACAUCUAAAAAUGUACUUUGGACACCACAGCUUUAAACCGGUUCAGUGGAAAGUGAUUCACUCUGUUCUCACUGAGAGGAGAGAUAAUCUUGUGGUCAUGGCAACUGGUUAUGGGAAAAGUUUAUGUUUCCAGUUUCCUCCAGUGUAUUGCCAGAACGUCAGUGUGGUCAUUUCCCCUCUCAUCGCUCUCAUGGAGGACCAGGUUCUUCACCUACAAAUGUCAAACAUUCCUGCUUGUUUUCUUGGAACUGCUCAGACGAAGAACAUAUAUGAGGAAGUGAAGAGGGGUCAUUUUAGGGUGGUGUACAUGACACCUGAGUUCUGCUCUGGGAAUAUUCCUCUCCUAGUGCAGCUUGAUAGGACUAUUGGUUUAUCACUAGUUGCGGUAGAUGAGGCUCACUGCAUAUCUCAGUGGGGCCAUGAUUUCAGAAGUGCGUAUCGUGACCUGGGGAAACUCAAGAAAAAUCUCCCUGGCGUGCCAAUUUUGGCUCUAACGGCUACCGCAAGUCCGUCUAUCCGAGAGGACAUCAUUAAGAGCCUUAAUCUGAUCAACCCUCUGAUCACCUGCACCUCUUUUGAUCGACCAAACCUCUACCUGGAUGUCAAUCGCAAGUGUGGUGAUGUUAUCCAAGACCUUAAACAAUUUCUCAUCAAAAAAAAAGGGGGUGGUUUUGAGUUUGAAGGCUCAGCCAUUGUCUACUGUCCAUCGAAGAAAGAGGCAGAGCGUGUGACUGCAGCGCUGUGUAAGCUGGACAUCUUGUGUGGAGUUUAUCAUGCAGGUUUAAGCAUCAAAAAGAGGAGAGAAACCCAGCAUCAGUUCAUGAGGGAUGAGAUUCAGUGUGUAGUGGCCACUGUGGCAUUUGGGAUGGGCAUUAAUAAAUCUGAUAUCAGGAAGGUCAUCCAUUAUGGAGCUCCCAAAGAGAUGGAGUCAUAUUAUCAGGAGAUCGGGAGGGCCGGUAGAGAUGGGCUGCCAAGCGCCUGUCACGUCCUAUGGAUGCCUGGAGAUAUGGCCCUGAACAGAUUUAUUCUCAACCAAUCCAAAAGUGAGCGCUUUAGAGAUUACAAAAUAGACAUGAUGGCAAAGAUGGAAAAGUAUUUGAAUUCAGCCAAAUGCAGGCGAAAGUUGAUUUUGUGUCAUUUUGAAGACAAACGUUUGAGAAAAGUGACUUCUGGAAUAAUGGGUAGCAGUAAUUGUUGUGAUAACUGCCGGUCAGGUGUAAACAGAGAGGAUCCAGAGGUGGUCCUGCAGGACUUUGGCUUAUGUGCAUAUCAGCUGAUGAAGGCUGUCACCGCUAUGGAUGAGAGGUUCGGCAUCACAGCGCCCAUCCUCUUCCUGCGGGGCUCAACCUCUCAGCGGGUUCCAGAUCGCUUUCGGAAGCACUCUCUCUUUGGGAUCGGCAGGGAAAUCUCAGAAACUUGGUGGAAAGCUCUCGGCCGAGAACUUGUUGCUGAAAAAUAUCUGAUGGAAACCACAGGCCACAACAAAUUCUCCACUCUCUGUAAACUCACGCCCAUGGGCAGAUUGUGGCUGAGUAAAGCUGAAGAUGAGAGGCACAGGCAACUCCUGCUACAGCCCAACAGAGAUCUGUUCAGCAGAGUGUGUGUACCGAGGAUAAAAGCAGAUCCAGCACAUGUUGAGUCUACUGCUUUUAAGCUGAAAUCAGAUUACACUCGGCCCUCUCUUGUUUCAUUUCAGCGGGCAAAGGUCAGUUCUGGAGUUGAUAUCCAACAGAUGAAAGCAGAUUUACCAUCAAGAUCAGCUGUUAGACCAACCCAGAUUCACACAGCCCAGACUCCAGCGGUCUCAGCUAGAGAAAUCCAGCUACAGUCUGAGCUGUAUGGUAAGCUGGUGUCUGAGCGUCAGAAGUUAGCUGGUCUUAGAGACAUCCCACCAGCUCUACUGGCCACCAAUAAAAUACUCUUGGAUAUGGCAAAAUCAAGGCCGUGCUCAAUAUCCAGCUUGAAACAAGUGGAUGGUGUGUCAGAAGCCAAAGCAGCCAUGUUAACACCUCUCAUUGAUGUCAUUCUCGCAUUCUGUCAGACACACAGUUUGCAGGUGGAUGAUUCCUCCAGCUCUACUGCACCUGUCCAAACGGAGUCUAGCUGUGAAUACAGUUCUGUGGGUCAGUCUCUACCUGACAGUGUCUCUGUCACAUACAGACUGUUUCAGAUGGAGCUCAAGAGCAUGAGGCAGGUAGCAGAUGCUCGCAGUCUGCCUAUUGCAGUGGUGGAGUCUCAUCUGUUGCAGGCUCAGAGGAUGGGUUAUGCUGUGGACAUGAACAGAGCUGGACUCUCAGAGUCCAUCUAUAACACCAUAAGAAAAAGCAUCAACUCUCCUUCAAUCAGCCCAGAUCUGAAUGAUUUUAAAGUGAUUCGUUCUCAUGUCCCUGAAGAUGUCAGUAGCUUCCUGAUAAGGCUGGCACUUUAUGAACUCCAGAGAGAAGCUUCAUUCACAGCACAUCAUAAGAUCUCCUGGAUGGAGCCACUGGAUAAACCAGCAAGUGCAGACAGACCUGCUGUUAAACAUGUGAUUGGAGAGUCACAGCAUGAGGCAGACACCAUGGACAUGAGUGAAGAUGACCUCUUCAUCAGUAUUCCCAUGCCACAGGUGACUCACAUCUGUCUGUAUCAGAGAGCCUAUUACACUGAUUACUGUCUGAAGUCAUGUGACCUAGUUCCUCAGAGCAGUGGAAUGGAUCUGGCCUCCUGGAAUCAGGGUAACCUGGAUAAAGACACGCAAGAUCUCUUCAGCGAUUCACCUGUGAAGAUUGAAAGUCAGCCUGCAAAGAGAAAAACUGUCUGACCGGACUGAAGGACCAAACACUUCAGUACCUGCCAUGACCGAGAAGAAAGCCAAAAAGAAGAAAGGACUUUUCAUUUGAUACUUAUUAGGCUGUGUAGUGUACGUUUUGAUAUUUUGUAUAAGAUUUAAAAUAACCUAAAUAUAUAUUAUUCUAUAAGAAUGUCUUGUUAAUUUUCUGAAUUUGUUCUCUGUUGUGAAAAGCUUGUGGUCUGCAACCAGCUUGAUUUCUUACCGACUGACACACAAGUUAGUGAAUCUUCCUCGAUUUGCACAUAUCAUGUUUCUACGUCUGUGAGUUGCCUGAAGCUGUAUGUUACCGACUUUCACCUGUCGUAUGGAAACACUCCCAGAAUCCUGUGCAACUCCCGAUUUUGAUAGUUCAGUGUUUAUUGAAAGGAAUAAACAGCAACAACCGUCGUAGUUAAUACAGUAUUGAUGCAAUUUCAGUUAGGUAUUCGCAGUGAUGGAGUGAUUUUUAUUUGACUUUAUUUGACUUAUGCUUGCCGUAACUGAAGCAGACCACUCGCAAAGCAGUAUUUGUGUCCUGGUCCUGUAAAAGUUAAUUUGCAAAGUCCAUUCCACUUAUGGCUCUGUGCUAAAUAACCACAUAACAACAGAGCCUUAAAACAUGCCAAAUAUCUGUCCCUCGACAUUAUUACCAAAACCUGUCAGUUUGGUUUUAGUAGGAAGUCUGUCUUCACCUGAGCACAUCUAAGUCUGCCUCUGUCCUGCUUUCGUUGUGCCACAAUGAAGCACAACUGGCUAAUUUUUGAAUACAAAUGUAACCACAAUAAUCAAAUAAUUAAAGGUUUGUAACUACUCA